AUGCAAUCAUCAUAAUAAUUGCAAAAACCUUUAGAUAAUGCUAUACUUCAGUAAGAGAGAAGAAACGGCUACUCAGAAUUUGACAUUAGAUAAGCAUGGAAUGCUUCAUCUGGAAAUAUGUCUCUUUUCCAAUAGCUCUUGUAAGGAAUGAGAAAUCAAUCGUUUAUAAUGAAUCCGAUCAAUCAAUAAUUUAACGAUGAUAUCUAAGUAGCAGUGGCAGCAUCAUUAACAUUACAUUAAUAAUAUAUGCCAAUCGGAAAAGUUAGAUAAAAUUAUGUCCCUUGUGGAUUGCUGAAUGUAGGAAAUACCUGCUAUUUUAAUUCUCUUCUACAAACCUAUUAUUUUAUCUAUGAUUUUGUGUCCUCCAUAGUGAAAUGCAAAUUUGAUCAUGUUAAUCUAUCAAAUAUAGUUGAUAAGAGAGUUGUAAACUCAAUUGAGCUGGUUAAAAAUCUAUAAAGUCUUUUCGUACUUAUGAUUGGAAGUGACAGAUAAUUUGUAGACCCUAAGAAGGUCAUUCUCUCAAUCUGUGAUGAUUUUGGUAAAGCUUUGCCUAUUGGGGAUCAAAAAGAUGUUAGUGAAUUUAAUAAUUAUUUUCUAUCAAGAAUUGAUGAAGGCAUAACAUACUUAACCUAAUCCUUAUAAAAGACCAGCACUUCCUAGAGUUAGUAAUCGAUAAAAUAAUAAUUGCCAGGUUAAUCAAUUGUGCAAUUUCCAACAAUUCAUUUUCCUGAUUCGAACACAAAUAGUAUGAUCUCAUAAAAAUCAUUAUUAAUUCGACAAUCAUCAGUCAUUGCAGAAAACUCUAUGGUGUUUAAGUUAUUCUAUGGUAAAUUCUCUCCUUAAAUAAUAAGAAAGGGGUAGGCUAGCAAAGAUUGCUAAUAAGAAAUGUUCAAUAUCAUCUAAAUUGAUGUGAAUAGCAAGUCCUUAUUUGAAGGAUUUGAUAAAUAUAUGAAUCAGGCUGUAGAAUACAAAAAUGAAAAGGAUGAGUAUCAAUAAGCAAUCAAAUAAUUUUGGAUUUAAUCGGCCCCAUAAGUACUUACAUUUUAGAUAUAACGGGUGGAAUAUAGCAAAGAAUUUGGAUCCUUUACUAAAAUUAAUUCUUUUUUCCAUUUUGAAAAGGAAAUCUAUAUAGAUAGAUACCUCUUAUCAAAUCAAAAGUUAGCAAAGGAUAUAUAAACAUAAAAUUAAUAAAUGAGAGACAGAUUGAAGAAAAUCGAUUAGGAAUUGGCAACUUUAACAUAAUUUAAUGGAAACAUUGAUAUUAUUUAGAAUCUAGAAACCACUCUAUAAUUCUUGAAAUUACAAAAUUCAAAUGAAAAAUAACAUCAAUUCUUUGUAGAUAGCAGUGAUAAUAAAGCUUCAAUUAAAUCAAUAUCAGAAUAUCAUUAACAUUUUAUAAAAAAAAGAGAUUGUUUAUAAAAAGAGAGAAAAGAAAUAGAAUAAAAAAUUUCAGAAAGCUACAAUUCUUUGAAGAAAUAAAAGUAUAUCUUACAAUCAAUUUUGAUGCAUGAAGGCAAUCCUGAUGCUGGCCAUUAUUAUGCUUAUAUUUAUAAUCUUGAUGAUCAAAAAUGGUAUUAUUUUAAUGAUAUUAAUGUUCAUGAGGAAGUAGAAUAGAAUGUACUAAAAAAUGCUUUCGGAGAUUAAUCUAAUUCUAAAAGUGCUUAUUUAAUCUAAUAUGUAAAAGAAGACAAUGCAAAAUUUGCUUAAAACUCAAUGGUGAAAUUAAAGUUAUUUAGUACAAGUGAAGAUACAAAAAAGUAUCUGACUGACGGAUAUGGAUUAUUACUAUCUAAACAGCAAAGAGAGUUUCUUAAUUAAGAUAAUGAAAAGUUAAAAUAGGAAGUUGAAUAGCAAUAAUUAAUGAACAAAAUUGAAUAGAUUAUUACAAAAUAUCAACAAUAUCUAGAAAUUGCAAAUGAAAAAUAGCGAAAAUAUUAAUAGAAAUAAUAUCCACCUUUCCCAGUCAAACCUCCUUACUUAGAAAACUAUUCUAUGUAUUUGAAAAUCAAACCUGAUGAAAGAUUAUUCAAAUGGACAAUAUUAGACAAUGCUAUAAUUAAAAUUAUGCCAGAAACUGGUGGAUUAUUUAGUCAACCAGGACUUAAGGAAAUAGUAAAGACCUAAAUCUUAGAGGAAUUGAACAAGUUAGGAAACAACAAAGUACAACAUUUCCCUACUGCUCAGGAAUACUAAACUUCAAUUGAAGAAUACAAAUCAGCUUUGAAAUUGCAAUGCAUGAUUUAAUACCUCUUGGAUUAAUACAAUAAUAAUAAUUUCAUUGAAGCGUUAUAAGCCUUGCAAAAGUACAUGAAAUUAGCAAAACAUACUCCUCAAUCAUCCUUUUUUUAUACUGUUGCCAUAAACUUAAAACACAUUUUCCCAUUAGGAAUAAUUAGCAAAAUGAUGUAAAAUAAGAGUGUUACUGAAGCAGAUUUAAAAAGCUUAAAGCUGGUGAUUGCAUUUUAGAUGUAAGAGCAUUUUCUGUAUACGGAGCCUAAAUUUUGGAAUGGCUAAUUGCAAAAUUUAAUAGAUAUUGCAAUAGGUACUUUUGGUUCAAAUGAAAAGUGGACAUAGGAAGUACUAAAACCUAUCAUUUAAAAUAAGAAAGAUACUGAGAUGUGCUCUCUAUUGGAUGCAGCCUCUCAAAACAUUGACGAAUAUAUCUAGAAUCUUUAGUCUAUAUAUUUAGAGUAACAGUUUGAAAAUAAUCUUGAAGAUUUCCUCCUCGAUAAUUCGAUGAAUAUUUUACAAAGAUUCUUUUUAACAAAAGGUAUUUAAAUACUAUUUGAGAGUAUAUAAAAAUCACCGACAAUUUUGGAUAAAAAAGUGAUUUUAAAGAUAGUUGAAGACAAUCCUCAAAACAAAUGA